AUUAAUGGAAUUUGUUUCGUUUUUCGUGGUUUUAGUUUGUCAUUAGUUAAUUGUUAAUAUAAAAAUAUUAAUAACAUAUUGAGUUCGGUGAUUUUGUUGCAUGUAAUAUCGUGAUUGGAAAACCCGAUACAUCGAAAAUCGGGGAAAAGGAAACAUCGAUGUUGCUUCCAGCACUAAGUCAAGCCCAAGUAGCAGUAACAAAAACAAAUAAACAAUUAAAAUAGCAAACAAAUCUAUUGUUAAAUUGUAGUAUUCACACAACAAAAUAUUGGAGAGCAGCUGCAAAGGAGGAAUAUAACAAAAAAUAUAAAAAGUGGAGUAUAUAGAGACAGAAAACAGGAAAGGACACGGCCAGGGGUCAAGAGGGGACCGAUAUAUAGAAGCGUUUAAAUGGCCGAUGGAAAUGGGCUGCCAGCAGGUGCAGCUUCCGGUGGCAUUGAUGCCUCCGGACAAACAGUAAUUCGUGCCGCUGCCGAUAGUAGUACGAACACGACGACAACAGCAAAUGCUGGAGCUGGAGCAGCAGGCGUGGCCAGCGGCAGCACCAGCAGCGGGAAUGGGAGUGGCAAUCAAGGAUAUCAUCAAUUAAGCGUGACAAUUGAGGAGGCAUCACUACGUAAUAAUGGAUUUCUGAAACCAAAUCCAUAUGUGGAAUUGUUGAUCGAUAGCAAGAGUAAACGUAAAACGGAUUUGGUCAAGAAUAGUUAUUUACCCAAAUGGAAUGAAGAGUUCACUGUUCUGAUCACUCCCAACUCGACGCUUCAUUUCAAAGUGCUCGAUCAUUCAAGUUUUCGCAAAGAUGCCAUGCUGGGUGAACGAAUUAUUCAUUUGGCUCACAUUCUACAGCAUUAUAAUGGACGUUGUGAGUUCUUAGAGCUGACAAUUGACCUCUUUGUGACCUCCAAGUCCCAGGAUAAUAGACAAACGAAAAGUGGCGAACUUGUCGCCAUCCUGAAUGGUCUAAAGCUGGAUAUGAGCAAGGUGCAGAUACAGCCGCAACAACAGAAUGGCAAUGCCAUUCAAGCAGUGAAUCCUGUUAUAAGUGAUGCAGCAGCCGCUGGGCGUAGUUGUAUGAUAUCCGGCGGCGUUAGGGCCAGAAUGCGUUUGCGUUCCAAUAGCAAUAGAGAAGGCGAGAUGCCAGCCGCAACGAAUCGUUCACCGGUGCCCAAUGGAACAGUCGAUGCACGACGAAGUGGAGCGGCGCCCAUUUGGGAACAGCAACAGCAGCAGCCGUCCUUGAGAAUGGUUAAUGGCAGUGGGACAGCAACUGCUUCGUAUCCCCAACAGCAGCCACCGUUGCCGGCACCAAUUCAGGCCAAUCACAAUGGCAGACCUCCUUUGACCCAGAUGUAUGCCAAUGGAGUUGGCCAAACGGCGGAUAAUGUGACACCAGCUGCCGUUUAUAUGCCCACUGUGAUGACAGCAGGAGUUGGAGGAGGAGGAGUGGCCAUGGGAAUGGGCGAGGCACAACCCGGUGGAGCUGUGCUCCCAGUAAGUCAAACCUCGGAUCCUCAGCUGCAACCACAACCAGCCGAUGAUGAGCCUCUACCUGCUGGCUGGGAGAUACGAUUGGAUCAAUAUGGGCGACGUUACUAUGUGGAUCAUAAUACAAGAUCCACUUACUGGGAGAAACCGACACCCCUGCCACCAGGCUGGGAAAUACGUAAAGAUGGACGCGGCCGGGUCUACUAUGUGGAUCACAAUACAAGGAAAACCACUUGGCAGAGGCCCAACAGCGAACGACUAAUGCACUUCCAGCAUUGGCAGGGUCAGCGGGCUCAUGUUGUGGCCCAGGGCAAUCAGCGGUUCCUGUACUCGCAGCAACAGCAACAACCCACUGCAGUCACCGCCCAGGUGACACAGGACGAUGAAGAUGCUUUGGGCGCUCUGCCCGAUGGCUGGGAGAAGAAAGUGCAAUCGGACAAUCGAGUGUAUUUCGUGAAUCAUAAAAAUCGAACCACUCAAUGGGAGGAUCCCCGCACCCAGGGACAAGAGGUGAGCCUCAUUAAUGAGGGACCAUUGCCGCCUGGCUGGGAGAUUCGUUAUACCGCUGCCGGUGAACGUUUCUUUGUGGAUCACAAUACUAGACGCACUACAUUCGAUGAUCCCCGUCCAGGAGCACCCAAAGGGGCCAAGGGUGUGUAUGGUGUGCCGCGCGCUUAUGAGAGAAGUUUCCGUUGGAAACUCUCGCAAUUCCGUUACCUGUGCCAGAGCAAUGCAUUGCCAUCGCAUAUCAAGAUCACUGUGACACGUCAAACGCUCUUUGAGGAUUCCUAUCACCAGAUCAUGCGGCUGCCGGCCUACGAGCUGCGGCGUCGCCUGUACAUUAUUUUCCGUGGAGAAGAAGGUCUGGAUUAUGGCGGUGUUUCCAGGGAAUGGUUCUUUUUACUCUCCCACGAGGUCCUCAAUCCCAUGUAUUGCCUCUUUGAGUAUGCCAAUAAGAAUAAUUAUAGCUUGCAAAUCAAUCCCGCCUCCUAUGUGAAUCCGGAUCAUUUGCAAUACUUUAAAUUUAUUGGUCGAUUCAUUGCCAUGGCCCUGUAUCAUGGCCGAUUUAUCUAUAGCGGCUUUACCAUGCCAUUCUACAAACGAAUGCUGAACAAAAAACUAACCAUCAAAGACAUCGAAACAAUUGAUCCGGAAUUCUAUAACUCCCUAAUCUGGGUUAAGGACAACAACAUCGACGAGUGUGGCCUCGAGUUGUGGUUCAGUGUCGAUUUCGAAGUGUUGGGACAAAUCAUCCAUCACGAACUUAAGGAGAAUGGCGAAAAGGAACGUGUUACGGAGGAGAACAAAGAGGAAUAUAUAACAUUAAUGACCGAAUGGCGAAUGACACGAGGCAUUGAACAGCAGACGAAAACCUUUUUGGAGGGUUUCAAUGAAGUCGUACCCCUCGAGUGGCUCAAGUACUUUGAUGAACGUGAAUUGGAGUUGAUUCUUUGUGGAAUGCAGGAUGUGGAUGUUGAAGAUUGGCAACGUAAUACCAUCUACAGACACUACAAUCGCAACUCCAAGCAGGUUGUUUGGUUCUGGCAGUUUGUGCGCGAAACGGACAAUGAGAAGCGGGCACGACUUUUGCAAUUUGUGACUGGCACUUGUCGUGUUCCUGUUGGCGGUUUUGCCGAACUGAUGGGUUCGAAUGGUCCGCAACGGUUUUGCAUUGAAAAGGUGGGCAAAGAGACAUGGUUACCGCGCUCGCAUACAUGUUUCAAUCGCUUGGACUUACCGCCAUAUAAGAGCUAUGAUCAGCUGGUGGAAAAAUUGACAUUUGCCAUUGAGGAGACUGAGGGAUUCUGCCAAGAAUGAGUGGCAGUCGAUUUGUGGUCGGUUUGUUGAUUAAUGUUUAAUUCCAAUUGAUAACGUACGCCCCCCAUUCCCGUCCUGUACCGUCCCGUCGCCCUACCCACUCCCCCACUCCCAUUGUCGUCGUUGUCGUUCAUGUUACUGUUAUUCAAUUAUUACAUAUGUAUUACUUAUGUAUUCCUAUGUUCGCUACCACCUAAACAAAAGAACUAUAUAUAGUAUGAGAAUUGUA